CCAACCAAUUCAACCACUGAUUCAAGUUCCAUCUCGGUUAUCAACGCAACACAGAAAAAGAAAAAAUGUCAGGGCGGGGAAAGGGCGGCAAGGGUUUGGGCAAGGGCGGAGCGAAGCGCCACCGUAAGGUUCUCAGAGAUAAUAUUCAAGGCAUUACCAAGCCAGCGAUUCGGCGUUUGGCUCGUAGAGGUGGAGUUAAGCGUAUCAGUGGGCUCAUCUAUGAAGAAACCCGUGGCGUUCUCAAGAUCUUCCUUGAGAAUGUCAUUCGUGAUGCCGUCACCUACACUGAGCAUGCUCGCCGCAAGACUGUUACGGCAAUGGAUGUUGUUUAUGCUCUCAAGAGGCAGGGCAGGACCCUCUAUGGCUUUGGUGGUUAGAAAAUUAGGCUUCUGAUGAAAUAAUUUGUAAUUAGGUUUUUGUUUCGGAGUUGACAUUAUUGCAUCAUCUCAGUUAAAUGAAAUUUGGUUUUCAUAAUUUUUUAUCUUA